UCUAACAUUCCAAAUGGAACCAAAAUGACAACAACCAUUCAACCCAAGAACCCUUUACUUGUAAGGAAGGGAAGAAUCAAUACCUAUCCAUCUUUUUCUUUCCCUUCUGAGACAAUCCACAUUGACUCCCAUGGCGUUCCCCAGAACUUCUGCAAAAGGCACCAUGGUUGCAACGGGUGGACUCUUUGUUCUUUUCGUUUUGGGCACUAGCUGGGCAUGUGAUGCUAGAGAAUUAAUGACAACCGAACUCUCUAGUAGAGAAACGGUGAUAUCUGAUGUUUCAGUGUUGCAGAUAAAUCACCAGGAAUCAGAAGGGAUAAUUAAAGCUUCAGAAGAAGUUGGAAGGAAUGAAAAUGUGUGCACGCUGUGUGAAGAGUUUGCUGCCAAGGCAAUUGAGUACCUCGAGGACAACAAGACUCAGACGGAGAUCAUUGAUAUCCUUCACAACACCUAUGCUCGGCUAAUCCCUUUUGAGCAAAAGUGCAUAACUUUGGUGGACUAUUAUGUUACUCUCCUAUUCUCGGAGAUUGAAUUAUUGCAACCCGAAGAUUUCUGCCAAGCAUUCUAUCUUUGUGAACAAAGGGUACUCGCUUCUCAGUCACUAGCUGAGGAUAAGUGUGAAAUUUGCCAUCUUGCUAUUUCGGAAGUUAUAGUAAAGUUGAAAGAUCCUGACACACAGUUGGAGAUAAUUGAGCUGCUUCUGAAAGCAUGUGAUGCUGUGGAGAACUAUGUCAAAAAGUGUAAGACUCUGGUUUUCGAAUACGGACCGUUCAUCCUUGAGAAUGCAGAGCAGUUUCUUGAAUCAACAGACAUAUGCACUCUAAUUCAUGCCUGCCCUUCGACUUCCACUGGCGGCGAGCAAGCUUUAUCACAAUAGAGAAAACAUCCCUGCUUUCUGUUUUGUAAAAAAAUGCAAAAAAAUGGACCUGGUUGAAAAUGUCACAAUGUAACAAGAGCAAAUUGGUAUAUUCUCUUCUUUAGGGGUUUGCGUGCAAUAAUAAUAAGGGUAAAUUAUAUUAAUCUCUCUUGAGGCUUGAAAAAUAUGUCUUGACCCAUAAAUUUGACAUAAUUAUGUUAAGUUUUGAUAAAAUUUUAAUUCA